CCCUGUUAUGUGACCCACCUCACGCUCCACCAAACGCCCCAUUCCCCCCUUUUUCUCUCCCUUCUACACAUGUUUAUGUCUUUAUACAAUAUGAACAUCUCAUCAUCUCCUUCUUUGCUUCUACUCUUCUCUUUCCCUUCGUUUCCAUAAUUAUUGCAACCCAAAUUUAAACCAUGAGUAAGCUUGUUGUUGAAGUGGCUGGGGCCUUUGAUUUGAUGCCCAAAGACGAGCAGGGUUCUUCAAGCCCCUUUGUGGAAGUUGGUUUCGACGGACAACGUCAGAGGACUCAGACCAAGCACAAAGAUCUUGACCCUUCUUGGAAUGAAAAGCUUGUUUUCGAUAUAAAGAAUCCCGCUGAUCUUGAUUUCAAGACCAUUGAUGUGACUGUUUACAAUGACAGACAAGGCAACCGUGGUCACCACCUCAACUUUCUCGGCCGUGUCAAGAUUUCCGGCGGUUCGGUUCCGUCUUCGGAGUCCGGUUCCAGUGUGCAACACUAUCCGCUUGAUAAACGUGGCCUUUUUUCCAACAUCAAAGGUGAGGUUGCAUUGAAACUUUAUGCCGUGCAUGGUGGAGUUCCUCAAGAGCCAGUAGUACAACAACGUGCAGUUCCUUCUAGUGUUGUUGCUGAAAAUGUUGAAACCGGGCGUUUUGAAGAACCCGAAUUCCAGAAAACUCCGUUUGAGGAGAUCAACACUAACAGUUUUCAUGAAGAGGUCGAGGUAGAAAAAAAGGAGGAGAAGAAAAAGAAGAAAGAAAAAGAAGUGAGGACUUUUCACUCUAUAGGGACUGGAGCUGGAGGUCCGCCUCCAAUGAAGGAAAAGCCACCGGUGGUGGAGAUUAGAGCAGAUUUUGCUAAAGCAGCAGCGCCGGCUGCUGGUGUAAUGCAUAUGCAGAUGCCAAGGCAGAAUCCGGAGUACAUGUUGGUGGAAACUAGCCCGCCCGUGGCGGCGCGUUUGCGGUACCGGGGCGGUGACAAGACAUCGACUACUUAUGAUUUGGUAGAGCAGAUGCAUUACCUGUAUGUAAAUGUGGUUAAGGCAAAGGAUCUUCCUGUUAUGGAUAUUUCAGGGAGCCUUGAUCCUUAUGUGGAAGUGAAGCUUGGGAACUACAAAGGGCAAACAAAACACUUGGAGAAGAAUCAGAACCCUGUAUGGCACCAAAUCUUCGCUUUCUCAAAGGAAAGGGUGCAAUCAAACUUGCUUGAAGUUGUUGUGAAAGAUAAGGAUUUUGGGAAGGAUGAUUUUGUUGGGAAAGUUGUGUUUGAUGUUAUGGAAAUCCCACUUCGGGUUCCGCCAGAUAGUCCACUGGCACCCCAAUGGUACAGAUUGGCAGAUAAGAGACGUGACAAAAUUAAAGGGGAAAUUAUGUUGGCAGUUUGGAUGGGAACACAAGCUGAUGAGUCCUUUCCCGAGGCAUGGCAUUCGGAUGCUCACAACAUUAGCCACUCGAACUUGGCUAAUACGCGGUCAAAGGUUUACUUCUCCCCCAAGCUGUAUUACCUUCGAGUUCAUGUCAUGGAAGCUCAAGACCUCGUCCCGCACGACAAGGGCCGGCUUCCAGAUCCAUAUGUUAAAGUAAUUGUCGGGAAUCAGAUUAGACCUACGAAGGUACAACAGCGAACCAUUCAUCCAGUUUGGGAUGAUCAGCUUAUGUUUGUUGCCUCUGAGCCUUUCGAAGACUACAUAACCGUAUCAGUUGAGGAUAGGAUUGGACCUGGUAAAGAUGAGAUUUUAGGGAAGGCAAUGAUUCCACUUCGACAGGUGCCUCAGAGAUUAGAAACCGGUAAGCCGCCAGAUCCUCGGUGGCUUAAUCUGCUAAAGCAUUCAAAGGCAGAAGAGGAGGGUGAGAAGAAGAAAGAAAAAUUCUCAAGCAAGAUAUUGUUGCGGUUUUUUCUCGAGGCAGGGUACCAUGUUCUUGAUGAAUCUGCACAUUUUAGCAGUGAUCUUCAGCCAUCAUCGAAAUACCUAAGGAAGUCGAGCAUUGGGAUUCUGGAACUCGGGAUUUUGAGUGCAAGGAAUUUGCUGCCUAUGAAGAUGAAGGAAGGUAAGAUGACUGAUGCAUACUGUGUGGCAAAGUACGGGAACAAAUGGGUGAGGACUAGAACUCUUCUUGAUACGUUGACUCCGAGAUGGAACGAACAGUAUACUUGGGAGGUCCAUGAUCCCUGUACAGUGAUCACAAUUGGAGUGUUCGACAAUGCCCACACCAACGGAAGCAAAGAUGAUGCAAGGGAUCAAAAAAUUGGGAAAAUGAGAAUUCGGCUAUCGACUCUCGAAAUUGAUCGUGUUUAUACACAUUAUUAUCCUUUAUUGGUUCUUACACCUUCUGGAUUGAAGAAGCACGGGGAGCUUCAGUUGGCAUUAAGGUUCACUUGCACUGCUUGGGUUAACAUGGUGGCUCAAUAUGGAAGGCCAUUGCUUCCCAAGAUGCACUAUGUCAAUCCUAUACCAGUUAUGAACGUAGACUGGCUGCGCCACCAAGCAAUGCAGAUUGUGGCGGCAAGAUUGCAAAGGGCAGAGCCGCCACUGAGGCGUGAGGUGGUCGAGUACAUGUUGGAUGUUGAUUACCACAUGUGGAGUCUCAGGAGAAGCAAAGCCAAUUUCCACCGCAUAAUGUCAGUUCUUUCAGGGGUUACUGCUGUUUGCAAGUGGUUCAACGGCAUCUGCUACUGGAGAAACCCAAUCACAACAUGUCUAGUGCAUGUUUUAUUCUUGAUACUUGUUUGCUACCCAGAACUUAUAUUACCCACAAUUUUCCUCUACCUGUUUGUGAUCGGGAUAUGGAACUACCGGUUCAGACCGAGACAUCCCCCGCAUAUGGAUGCACGGCUUUCGCAAGCAGAUAAUGCACACCCUGAUGAGCUAGAUGAAGAAUUCGACACAUUUCCGACAUCUAGACCAUCAGAUAUUGUACGAAUGAGGUACGAUCGGCUGCGAAGCGUUGCCGGUAGGGUACAAACGGUGGUUGGAGAUCUCGCAAGCCAAGGGGAAAGGGCUCAGGCAAUACUAAGCUGGCGUGACCCAAGAGCAACAGCAAUCUUCAUCAUCUUGUCCUUGAUCUGGGCAGUGUUCAUUUAUGUUACUCCAUUCCAAGUGGUGGCCGUUUUGUUUGGUCUCUACUGGCUGCGCCAUCCUCGCUUCAGGAGCAAGCUGCCAUCGGUGCCUGUCAACUUCUUCAAAAGAUUACCAUCCAAGUCAGACAUGCUAAUAUGAGAAAUUAAGGGAAUUUCCAUCAUAUUAUUAUUCGUUUAAUCAGCAAGUGAAUAAAGGGGAUUUGGUAGAUAACUUUCAACAGAUUAUCAUACCAGAAGAUGAGGGAGAGAAAAGCAAUCCAUUACCCCAUUACUGAAUCUCACUUUUCUAGCUUCAGAUUUGCGCUUUCUAAGCUUUCUUCAUAUUCAUCUAUGGAACCCACAAUUCUUUUCA